AUGAACUGGGCUGAGGACUGCAAUUCUCUAUUGUGCAACGCCUUUGGAGGACUCUUGGCUGCCGGUAUUCUGGACGGAAUGCAAGGGAAAUUAGGACAUGCUGCCUGGAGAUGGCUAUUCUAUAUCGAGGGUGCUCUGACCAUGGCAGUCGCUGUUCUAGCUAUCUUUGUCCUUCCCGAUUUCCCCAACACUACAAGAUGGCUCUCUCCUGAAGAGAGACGCCUAGCCGAGGUCAGAAUGGCAGAGGAUGUUGGAGGCGAAGUAGACAAAGACUCUUCGGAGGAAGGUCACCUGUAUGGGUUCUUCCUUGCUAUGAAGGAUUGGAAGGUCUGGUGGCUUGCUGUAGCACUUACCGGUAUCACCAUCGGCCUCAGUUUUAAUGCAUACUUUCCAUAUGCUGGUUUGAUCGUUUUACUAUCUUGGGUUUCUAAUUCGAUUCCUCGUCCUCCGGCAAAGCGUGCUGUUGCACUCGCAUUCAUCAAUGCGUUCUCACAGCUGGGAAAUGUAGCUGGAUCUUACGUGUGGCCUAAAGAGUGGAGUCCAACGUAUCGCAAAUCAUAUGUUAUAUGCAUUGCAUGUUUUGCUUUGGCUAUUGCAAUGGCCCUAUUUCUCCGUCAACACUUAGCUCACCUAAACAAGCGAUUGGAUAGGGGCGAGGCAGUUGAAGGGAUAUCCGAGAGGGCCGAGGCUAUAGCAGAAGCGGCCGAACUUGAAGGUGUCCCGGUGGAAGAGUUGAGAUCAAGGCGCCAAGGUUCAGAUUUUUGUACUGAGGAGCGAGACUAUGUUCCGAAGGAGCUGGGCGUGAUAUUAACGCUAUGA